AUGAUCCAAGGAGGUGACAUAUCCCUCUCUGCAGCGAACAAGGCCUCCUCGUCGUCUCCUCUACCGUUUGACAUUCCAAAGGGAGGAGCUUCUAUAUACCACCCAGCUCCACUAGAGCAGGAGAUUCACCUCCCCACCCUCCGCCACAAUGCAAGAGGGAUACUCAGCAUGGCAGGGAAACCGGUUAAGAACCAAGGCGGUGCCGGAGGUGCAGUGCCUCAGGAUAUAAAUGGCAGUCAAUUCUUUAUUACCUUUGCGGCCGCCCCUCACUUGGAUGGGAAGAGCACCGUGUUUGGUAAAGUGCUAGAUCCAGGUAGGACCGGUGAAGAGGGCGAGCAGGUCGAUACACUUACCCGUCUUGAAAAGGCCCAUGUGAAGAUAGAUAAGAAAGGAAGAGUUGUGCAGCCGGAGUCGAUUAAGGACAAGUCUGAGAGUGAUAAUACCCAAGCAUGGGAGAAGAUCGGUAUCGAUAGAGUCACUAUCCAUGCAAAUCCCUUUGCUCGCUGA